UUCCGGAAGCGGCUCUGCGUUGCGUCAGCUGGGUUUCUGCUGGAACAGGCAAAGCGACAGAGCGCCUUCUCUGCGUGUUGUGUUCCUGUGUGUAGAAGCGAUGUUUGUGGCAAGGUUAGCGUGCCUGCGGGCUCUCCCCGUAACCGGCCUGAGGUCGGCUCUGACGCCAAAGAUCCCGGCUCUUAAACCUGCCGUACCUCUUCUCAAACCUCACCAGGGUUACUCCACCCGAGCGAGGUUUGGACUGCGGCGCAGUAAGACAGCCAAAGAUCAGCUCCAGGAGGCAGCGUUCGAACCGGCGACAGACACGGCGUUUAAAAUUGAUCAGAUGGGGAGGGUUAUCCUGGCGGGCGGAGCUGCAGUUGGACUCGGAGCUCUGUGUUAUUACGGUCUCGGGAUGUCCAAUGAGAUCGGCGCGCUAGAGAAAGCUGUUAUCUGGCCGCAGUAUGUGAAGGACCGGAUCCACUCCACCUACAUGUACUUUGCGGGCAGUGUGGGCGUGACCGCUCUCUCUGCUGUGGCUGUCAGCAGGACUCCUGCUCUCCUGGGUCUCAUGAUGAGAGGAUCCUGGCUGGCUAUCGGAGCGACGUUCGCGGCAAUGAUCGGUGCUGGGAUGCUGGUCAGGUCCCUCUCCUACGAACACAGUCCCAUUCCUAAACACCUGGCCUGGAUGCUGCAUGCAGGUGUGAUGGGUGCCGUCGUGGCUCCCCUCACUCUGCUGGGCGGUCCCCUGAUGAUGCGUGCGGCGUGGUACACAGCGGGCAUUGUGGGCGGUCUCUCCACCGUGGCCAUGUGUGCUCCCAGUGAGAAGUUCCUGAAUAUGGGCGGACCGCUCGCCAUCGGCUUCGGAGUGGUCUUCGUCUCAUCACUGGGCUCCAUGUUCCUGCCUCCCACCUCGGCGUUCGGGGCAGGUCUGUACUCGGUGGCCGUUUAUGGAGGUCUGAUCCUCUUCAGCAUGUUCCUGCUGUACGACACGCAGAAGGUGAUCAAACGAGCCGAGACGCACCCGCUGUACGCCACGCAGAAAUACGACCCCAUCAACGCGUGUAUGGGCAUCUACAUGGACACACUCAACAUCUUCAUGAGGAUGGUCAUGAUUCUUGCCAACGGCGGUGGAGGAAGGAAGAAGUAAAUCAUCAGAAAAAUCCUGCUCCUCGUGAAGAGAUGAGGACGUGAGAGUGGAUGAACUGUGAACUGUUUAUAAGCAAAAGAAAGAAAUCAGUUUCCAUUCCUGCUCCUGGGGUUUAGCUGCCAUUUACACUCUCUCACAAGCGCACAGAGAGUUCCGCACUCAGCUGAGCUGUAGAUAUUCUCACUCUGAUCGUCCUGUGCUCAGCGGAGCUUCAUUAGCACUGUGUUCACGUAAUAAAGUCGCUGUUGUGGUUUAUUUUCUUUAAAGUUUAAUUUCCAAGCAAAUAUAUCACUUUGCAUGUCUAUCAACAGGAAGAAUAGUUCUGAUAUUUUAAACUCUCAGAAGUGGAAAAAAAAAUCAUCUUUAAAGAGUUCACUCUGGUUCCACUGACGGCUUCAGAGCAGCCAUUAUUUAUUGAUUUAAUUCAUGUUUAUUUUAUGAUGCACUAAAUAAAAUAUCGGAGUAAUAAAUAUGA